AUGGGCCUCGACACUCUACCCACAGAGCUGCGGCUGCAAAUUGUUGCUCAGCUAUCCAAAGUCUCUCACAUCAAUGCCCUAUGCCAAGUCGACCGCGGCUACUACAAUCUGCUCAUCAACCACCUCUACACCGUCGACGAGCUCACCCUACAAAAGGACGCCCUGCGCUGGGCUCUAACACACCAAAACGCCGGCACCCUGCAACGCUGGCAGGAGGCCGGCCUCGACAUAAACCGCAUGCGCCGCAACAACACCAGACCCCUUCUCGAGGCAAUGAAGGCCGGCUCCGACUGGGCUACCUGGCAGAUCCUGCACCUCGGUGCCAACAUUCACAUCACCGACGGCCAAGGCCGGACGCCUCUCCACCUCGCCUGCACCGACGACUUUCAAAGACCUGCCCUCGUCCGCUACCUGCUCGCCCACGGUGCGAACCCGUCCGCCACGACUCGUGCCAGAGAGACACCUCUCGUCAUGGCCAUCCGCUGCGGCAACGCCGAGAUUGUCGAGGCCUUGCUGGAGAGCGGCGCCGAUCACAGCGCCCAGGACCGCAUGGGCUGCGCCGCGCUACACGAGGUCAUUGAGAGCGGCCAGGUCGAGAUUGCUCAGCUGCUGCUGCAGCACGGCGCGAAUCCGUCGCUACCGCGGCCUCUGACCGGCGAGACUCCGCUGCACACGGCUAUACUGACCGGCUCGCUGGACAUGGUCAAGCUGCUGGUCGACGGCGGCGCCGAUCUGGCUGCCGAGUACAACGACUUUACCCCCUUCCUCCUCGCCUGCCAGGACGGCAGCGCCAAGCUGGUGCGCUGGAUGCUGCAGAAUGGUGUUGAUGUUCAGACCAACAUCAACAAGCGGGGUCUCACGCCCUUGCAUGCGGCAGCCAUGAGCGGCUCCGACGAGGUGGUCAAGACACUGCUCCAGCACCAGACACCGUACAUGCUCACCGUCGCGGAUCAAUACGGCGAUACGCCUGUGACGGUGGCGUCUCGCUACAAGCACGACAACCUUGCCCGGAUGAUGGUGCAGCUUGUCAACUAG